AAGGAGACGGCAGCUUCUUACACUUGCAGCUGCUGCAGCUUCGUCAUCGUCGCCUUUCCAACGACUUCUGCUGAAGCCAUCCGAGCGAAACGUUUGACGAGCUUUCCACACAGAGACCUUGGAGACUGCUGCGUGAGAGAAGCCACUCUGAGCAUCAACACCAUGGAUACAAGCCAAGCUGGAGCGAGGAGGGAGGGAGUCUCUGGCAACACGUGGAGCGCGCUGUCCGCAGCCGGCACCGGCCCCAUCCGCAGCAAAUCGCCUCGAGCGAUCCUGGAUCUCUUUGGGCCUCAGCUGAGUCAUCGCCAAAAGCUGGAGCUGGCGGCCAUGGAACAAGUCUGGUUCUUCACUGUGGACGAGGUCGACAAACCCCGGGGCGGCAAGAACAAUGAUGGCUACGACGACGAUAACAACAACUACAUCCCUGUCCGCAAGGAGCAGCUCCACUACCGCUACGAGGUGCAGAAGCUGAUCGGCGAGGGAGGCCAGGGCCUGGUGCUGCAGUGCCUCGACCACAAAACCAAAACGCUCGUGGCCGUCAAGAUGCUGUCGCUGCCCUUGUGCACCUCGACAGCGUCCCGCCAGAGGACGGAGCUGGAGGUGACCAAGGAGCUGCAGGGCAAGGCCAGCGAUGAGCGCUACGGAGUCAUCCGGCUCCUGGACACGUUCCAAUUCCGCGGACACAAUUGCCUCGUCGUCGAGCUCUUGAAGAAGAGCCUCUACGACGUGAUGAGCAAAGGGAGCAUCAAGCGAAUCUGCGUGAGGCGCUUGAGGGAGUACACCAGGACCAUCCUCGACUUCCUGCUGUACGCCAAGCGACGGGGCAUCGUCCACGGGGACAUCAAGCCGGACAACAUUCUACUCACGGCGGCCGGCAAAGUGAGGGUCACCGACUUCGGGUGCAGCUGCUACCUGAAGUCUCACUCCACUCAGUGA